ACUGCGCGUUUAGAACAACAACACCCAUAAUGCUUUGCUUUAACGCGUCACCACCCUUCCUCGUGACCGUUCCCGGUACAAGAAAUAGAGGUGACCUCCCAAACAAGUGGCAGAGUCGCAGCUUGCAGGACGAACUGUUACAAAAUGGCUGAUCCUAUCCGAGUUCUGGUGACUGGCGCGGCUGGGCAGAUUGCCUACUCCCUGCUGUAUGGCAUCGCCAAGGGAGACGUGUUUGGAAAAGAUCAGCCUAUUAUCCUGGUGCUGCUGGACAUCCCUCCCAUGCUGCCCGUGCUGGACGGUGUGGUCAUGGAGCUGCAGGAUUGCGCCCUUCCACUUCUGAAGGAGGUCAUCCCUACAGAUAAAGAGGAAGUAGCAUUUAAGGACCUGGAUGCUGCCAUUCUGGUGGGCUCCAUGCCCAGGAAGGAGGGAAUGGAGAGGAAAGACCUGCUCAAGGCCAACGUGGCUAUCUUUAAGUCUCAGGGCACGGCGCUGGACAAGUACGCCAAGAAGACGGUCAAGGUUCUGGUGGUGGGAAACCCGGCCAACACCAACUGCCUGAUUGCAGCUAAAUCAGCUCCCUCCAUUCCCAAAGAGAACUUCUCCUGUCUGACUCGCCUGGAUCAUAACCGUGCUAGCUCUCAGGUGGCAAUGCGCUGCGGCGUUUCGGCCAAAAACGUGAAGAACGUGAUCAUCUGGGGAAACCACUCGUCCACCCAGUACCCCGAUGUCCACCACUGCAAAGUUAGCGUGGAGGGGAAAGAUGUGCCUGCAUUCGACGCCGUGAAGGAUGACAGCUGGCUGAAAGGAGAUUUCAUUUCUACGGUUCAGCAGCGUGGAGCGGCGGUCAUCAAAGCACGCAAGCUCUCCAGCGCCAUGUCUGCCGCGAAGGCCAUCUGUGACCACAUGAGAGACAUCUGGACCGGAACCGCUGAGGGCGAGUUCAUCUCCAUGGGCGUGUACUCCACCGGAAACCCUUACGGUGUCCCCGACGACCUCAUCUAUUCAUUCCCCGUCACCAUCAAGGACAAAUCCUGGAAGAUUGCCGAGGGUCUGGCCAUCAACGACUUCUCCAGAGCCAAGAUGGACGCCACCGCGGCCGAGCUGGUAGAGGAGAGAGACACCGCCAUCUCCUUCCUGAGUGUCUGACUAAAUGACAUGCCCAACACACGCCUCCACCCAGACGCACGUCUGUGAAAUGCCCCCAAAAAAAGCACUCCGUUCUUCUCUUCCCCCAUUCAAUACAUUUCAGUAGGACGUCUUUAGAUCACGUACAAGCGUAGCUCUCUGUGUGUGUGUGUGUGUGUGUGUGUGUGUGUGUGUGUGUGUGUGUGUGUGUGUGUGUGUGUGUGUGUGUGUGUGUGUGUGUGUUGUAACAUGGUAACCUGUAGAGUUCAGGUUGUGUUGAAAUUUGGUGCCUGUUCAUUCAUCUGUUAGAAAAGUCGCACAAAUGAGACGGUCAGAGAGAGACAGAGGUCAGAUAUACAGUUUAAGGUCAGUAAGCUCUCUCUACCUGUCUGUCUGUGUCUCUCUCUCUCUCUCUCUCUCUCUCUGUUAUGGUCAAGCCUUUAAAAGGAAACUUUGAGUUGUUACAUCAUUUCUUUAAAUUGUCUCGGCUAAACAAUCUUCAUAUACGUGAAAUUACCCAUGAUGCACUAGUUGUCGAGUUACUGUACCAGACGCUUCCUCAAUAAAUACAAGUGAAGUUGUAAA